AUGUCGUUCGACAAACAAACUCUCACCAAAGACGAUGCAUUUUUUGACGAUGCUGGUUCUACUCCAACCACUGUUGACGGAGUAGGACAGAUGGUCUUUUUCAAGGCUUGCUACAUCAGGGUCUACAAGACUGAAGAUACUACUACGGCUGUUAAGAAAUAUCCUACUAGUGACGGUGAAGGAAGGGUAGAAAGGGGAACCACCUUAGUAUUCGAAGGCAUUGGUGGCAAAGUGAAGAAGGGUUGA